GCGAUGCAUGCAGUGCAGGUUUAGGCAUAGUGAUUCCGAAGCGCUUGGCUCAGUUGAGUGCGAUGGUGAAACAAGUCAAAUAGUUGACAUCCUAGGGAUCGGGUAUUACUUUAGGAAUUAAAUUUAGAUUUCCUCAAUUCUGGAUCAACUAAGGAGGCAUAUUGAUUGUGGCAUGACUGAGCAGAUGAGGAGCGUCUAUGGCCGAGCAACCUAACAGCGUAUUCGGGGGGUCGGAAUCUCUUACUACAGUUCUAGGGGUGACAAACACGGCCAGGAGUAGGCGGAAAAGUAGUAGGAAGCGGCCCAGUUCCGGCGGGAGCUCGUCUUCGUCUCCCGACCGUUGGACUUCGCGACCCAAACGAGGCCGCCAGGGCCGCCAGGGCCGCCAGGACAAGGAGGCAGGCUCCGCCGGCACGCGGGCAGGGAGUAGUCGCGCGGCCUCCAGCUGGGCUGCAAGCUCUGCCUCUGCCUCCGCCACCAGCGCGUCCUCCGCGGCCGCUGCCUCGGGGUCAGGCUCGGGGUCGGCGGGCUCCGUGACCACUACGGCGCCCUCCGCCCCGGCGGCAGGACGAGGUCGAAGCCGCGCCACGCGAAGGAAAGACAGUAACUCGUCCGUGUCUGUGGCACAGUCCUCCUCUGUCGAGGUCAAUCCUCCUGACACCUCUGUUGCUGGCUCCAGUGGUAACGUCUCAAGUACAACAGCAUCUAAAAGCAAAAGUAGCGAAUCCAGUCGCUCUAGGGGUGGCUCAAAAGCAAGUUCUAGUAAAGCUGUAGAUUUAGGUGAACUAACUAGCUCUGUGGAUAGUGGAUGUCAAAGCAAAGGUACCUCUCGUUCAAGGCGUUCUGCUCAAAGUAGUCGUGCUGCUGCUAAACCCAAACCCACUGCUACAGCGACUGAAACUUCCACUUCCAAGUCCAGGAAACCAAAGGCUAAGGAAUCAAGCAGUCGAAGCAGGUCACGCAAUUCAGAACAAGCCCAAGACACUGCUGGACCUAGUACUUCACUCAGCCGAAAUUCACACUUAGCUGAUACUUCAAGUUCAACAAGAAGUAGCACCUCUAAAGCAGCUGCUUCAGCUGCAAAGAGCAACCAAAGAGGAGUCCGAAAGAGGGAACUUGCUCCGGAACCAUCUGGUUCAGGUUCGGGUAGAAAGUACACGCUGCGGAGUGGUGGAGGCAAGGCGGCGGCCGCCUCCGCCUCGCCCCCGAGCAAUAGGGCUGUUCCUCGGAAGAGGGCUAAAGUUGGGAUAGACUCAACCAAAAAUCUGGGUACCUCUCACGCAACCGGUGUUAGGAGGGAGGAGGCGGAGGCCGCGGGCAGUGCGGCAGUAGACGGCAACGGCAGCAGUGGCAGUGGGCCGGUGUUAAGACGCAGCACCAGGAGUCAAGCCAACACGGGGUCCUGUGCCAGCACAAGUCGGCGGACAUCCCGGUCUGGGAAGCUCCCCUUACCCUCGAGUGCUACAUCGAACACUGCAGAGGGGAUGUCCUCAGGCCAGGGUCAUCACGAUGCAGCCAGUGGUUCUCAAAACGGAGUGGCCGCAGGGGAUGAGACGGCCAAAGGAGCGUCCGGUUCAAGCAGCACUGCGCCGUCGGCAGCUGCUGGAGGCCCGUCGGGCCUGACCGGCACUGCAGUGGACAGUGAGGGCGAUGACAGUGAAGUGGGACGUCUCCAGGCCCUGCUGGAGGCCAGGGGCUUGCCACCUCACCUGCUGGGCGCAUUAGGGCCUCGCAUGCAGCACUUGCUUCAUCGCAGCAUGGGAGCCAACUCUGCUGCUUCCAAAGCACAACAGCAGCUCACUGGCCUUCAAGCAGUUGGUGAUGAGGGCCAGCAGCUCCAAGCUGUUAUUGAGAUGUGCCAAAUGUUGGUGAUGGGCAAUGAAGACACAUUGGCAGGUUUCCCUGUGAAACAAGUGGUGCCAGCUCUCAUUGCUCUCUUAACUAUGGAUCACAACUUCGAUAUUAUGAACCAUGCUUGCCGAGCGCUCACUUAUAUGAUGGAAGCUUUGCCACGAUCAUCAGCUGCUGUUGUGGAAGCAGUACCAGUGUUUUUAGAGAAACUCCAAGUAAUUCAAUGCAUGGAUGUUGCUGAACAGUCGCUUACUGCCCUUGAGAUGUUGUCAAGACGUCACAGUAAAUCAAUUCUACAACAUAGAGGCGUGGCUGCAUGCCUUAUGUAUCUAGAUUUCUUCAGCAUCAAUGCCCAAAGAGCUGCCCUUUGUGUGACGGCCAACUGCUGCCAAAAUCUGCAUCCAGAUGAAUUUCACUAUGUAUCACAGUCCUUGCCACUUUUAGCAGGUCGCCUUGUGCAGCAAGAUAAGAAAAGUGUGGAAAGUGUUUGUCUAGCUUACAGCAGAUUAGUGGACAGUUUUCAGCAUAUGCCAGAGAAACUUCAAGAAAUAGCCAGUCCAGAACUUCUCACCAAUUUGCAACAGUUGCUUGUGGUAUCACCACCUGUUAUAAGCACAGGAACAUUCAUUACAGUACUUCGAAUGUUGUCCAUUAUGUGUGCUAAUUGCCCCGACCUGGCUUUGACACUCUUACGUCAAAAUAUUGCUGAAACACUUCUUUACUUACUGACUGGGUCUGCUGAAAUAACCAAUGAAGAGGUUGAACUUGUGACCAGGAGUCCUCAGGAGUUGUAUGAGAUAACAUGUUUAAUUUGUGAGCUGAUGCCCCGAUUACCUUCUGAUGGUAUAUUUUCUGUUGAUGCCCUGCUUGAUCGUCCUCAAGGACAAGUGCAAGAUACAGUCCAGUGGCAAUGGAAGGAUGAUCGUGGUCUUUGGCAUGCAUACAGUAGCAUUGACUCUCGUAUCAUUGAAGCUGCGCACUUAUCUGGUGAAGAUGAAAUAAGUUUAACCAUGCUUGGGCGUACAUACACUCUUGAUUUGCAUUCCAUGCAACAAAUAAAUGAGGACACAGGAACCACCAGACCUGUUCAGCGUCGAUUGAGUCCACCUACACUCUGCAGCUCGCCAGUUGCAGUUGCUAAUGCCCCUGCUUCACCUGAUGAUCAAAGCGCUUCUUCAGAUGGUAUUGAAACUCCGGGUUCUAACAGUCCAAACAACUUCUCUGCAAGCUAUGAUGCACGAGUGGCAUGUAUGAAGGAAGAGCGUGGGCUUGCUGCCUCUUUCAUUCGGUCGCUGUUCAGUGUUCUCUAUGAAGUAUACAGUUCAUCUGCUGGCCCGUCUGUUAGAGUCAAAUGUCUGCGAGCUUUGUUACGGAUGGUAUAUUACGCUUCUGCUGAUCUAUUGAAGGAUGUGCUGAAAAAUCAGGUUGUAUCGAGCCAUAUUGCAGGAAUGAUGGCAUCUCAAGAUUUGCGAAUUGUUGUUGGAGCUUUGCAAAUGGCAGAUAUCUUGAUGACCAAGUUACCGCAUGUGUUUGGUACCCACUUUACUCGUGAAGGUGUCAUGCAUCAAGUACGGCUGCUCGCAGACAGUUCAGUUCCCUUGGGGGCGUCUCCUCCUAAAAGUGCUUUGUGUGCUCCUUCACCCUUGCAGCCCAAAAGCAUAACAUGCAAUCUUCCAGCUGAGCUAUUUACAUCAGAUCAGACAAUUCCUCUGCCCCCACCAUCAUUCAGUCCACUUGAAGGCCAGCAGCCAGGAGCUUCAACUUCAGCUGCGCCAUCUCAUGCAUCAACAUCGACAUCCAGCUACAGUAUGCCAAUCCUAUGCACAACAAAUCCAAGCAGUCUUGUACCUGUGAGUGGUUCGUCAUCAUCACUGCAAGCGGGACCUAGUGCAAGUAGCUCAAAUGGCCUUCUUCCAUUCCUAGACGGAGGAGCAAGCCUUCUCCUCGGUACCUCUCCCCCCUCUGGUCAGAUGCCUCGUUAUGAUCGGACAGAUCCUCUCUUGUCUUCAGAUGAUGCUUGUUCAUCAAGCCCUUCACAGCUGCGGCUGAGUGAUGUCCUGAAACGUAAACGAGCUAACCAAAAAAGGGCUGUGGGUCCAUCCAGCCGCAAAACCCGUCAGGAUGACAGUAGUAACUUACCAUCAUCAAUGGUUCAUGAUCUUUUUACCAAAGUCUUGUCUACAGCCACAUCUCUAAAUAACUCAGGCCGGUCCACUCCAAAUAGUACUUCCCGAUCAAGAUUCAGUGGAGGGUCAUCAAAGAGUUUUCUUGCUAACCUAAACCCUGCCCGGUGGGGGCGAAGCGUUAAUCCAACAUUAACUGAUAGAGCAUUCAAGGAUAUUCAACUAUCCAAAUCUUCCUCGAACCCCAAUCUCACUGCCGGAAAUAAGGAAAAAGCUAGAAUAUGGGUUCGUGAACAGUCUAACCGCUUCUUAGACACCCAUUGCCUUAUGGAAAGCAAUGGUCCCAGCCACCCUGCCACAGACAUUCUCACUCGUCUAACUCAAGCUAUUCAUAAGUUGCAUCAUCAGAGAGAUGAAAGUUUAUCAGCACUUACUGAAUUACGGGGCAUUUUACUGGAGUCUGAUGUUUCACCUUUUGAAGUGAAUCAUUCAGGUCUUAUCAAAGCAUUACUUCAGUACCUGGCUGAUGAAGCUGCUAAUGCCUCUGGGGCUACAACACUGAGUCGUGAGCACUCCCAGCGUCUUCGAUGCUUUUUGAAUGUGUUUGCUGGAUGUCCGCUUGAUCCAAGCUGGAGUGGUUUUCCACCUGAUUGGAACUCAACACCUUUCUUAGCAUUAGUAAAUAAACUUAAUGGAUGUGUGUCUCAGCUUGAACAGUUCCCUGUAAAGGUCCAUGACCUUCCUGCAGGGACUGGAACAGGUCGAGCAGGCACCUCUGCCCUCAAAUUUUUUAACACCCAUCAAUUGAAGUGCAAUCUUCAAAGGCACCCUGACUGCCAAAACUUGAAACAAUGGAAGGGGGGUACAGUCAAGAUUGACCCCUUAGCAUUAGUGCAAGCAAUUGAACGUUAUUUGGUUGUACGAGGAUAUGGUCGUCUGAGGGACAAGGAUGCAGGGGAUUCCGAUGAUGAAAACAGUGAAGAUGAUAUUGAUGACACCUUGGCUGCAGUGGUCAUUAGUCAAGGAUCUGCCCGUCAUAAACUGCAGUUUAUGUUAGGAGAACAUGUCUUGCCCUACAAUAUGACCGUUUACCAAGCUGUUCGUCAGUUCAGUCCUGCGGCUAUGAAUGAUCAAUCUGAAACAGAUACAGAUACCGAAGCACCUCUAGGAAAUGCUGGAGUUUGGGUGCAAACUCACACAAUUUACUAUAGACCUGUCCCAGAAGAUGACCCACCAACGGCCACAAUACGUCCUAGUGCCAGCUCUUCCUCUUCCACUGUGCCUAGCUCCACUGCUAGUACCGGCCGGAAAGGGAAAGGUGGCAACUCAAAGACACGCAAGAAGACUGAUGAUUUGUGGAAUGAUGGUAUUGCACCCAGUGUGCAGUCUGCCUUGUUGCCUUUCUUGGCCACUCAGCUGCCUGACUCAGUCACCAUUCAGGAUGCCUCAUUGCCAGUCCUGUGCCUGCUCAGAGUUCUUAACGCUUUAAAUCGUCAUUGGGGCACUCUCUACCCCUUUAUUACUUACAAAGCCAUCAUCCCGCAACAAGACUUUGUCAACAGUAAAGUGGCUGCUAAAGCCAGUCGGCAGCUUCAAGACCCUCUAGUUAUCAUGACUGGAAAUCUUCCUCCAUGGUUGCAACAAAUUGCUCUUACUUGCCCAUUUUUGUUCCCCUUCGAAACAAGACAGCUGUUGCUGUAUGUGACGUGCUUCGACCGCGAUCGAGCUCUACAACGCUUACUUGAUUCUAGUCCUGAGCUAAGUGGUUCCGACAGCCAAGAACGUGUAACCCCUCGUCUUGAUCGACGCAAGAGAACAGUGUCCAGGGACGACAUUCUCAAGCAAGCUGAACAAGUGUUCCAGGAUCUUGCCACCUCUAGAGCCCUGGUUGAAAUUCAAUAUGAGAAUGAAGUUGGCACUGGGCUUGGACCAACUUUGGAGUUCUAUGCUCUUGUAUCUAGAGAGCUCCAAAGAUCAGAUCUAGAUUUGUGGUUUGGUGAUAAGAUUCCUGCAACAGACUCAACUCCUAGUUACAUUCAUUCUGCUGUUGGGUUGUUCCCUGCACCAUUUGGCCGUGCAACCAAGGUUUCUCACGUUGCAAAGGUCAAGUCCAAAUUUAGGUUUCUGGGUAAAUUAAUGGCCAAGGCAGUCAUGGACUCCCGUAUGCUUGAUCUGCCUUUGAGUGAGGCCCUGUAUCGUUGGCUUUUGGGACAAGAGACUACUUUGAGUUUACCUGAUCUGCAACAUGUUAAUCCACCAGUGCACCGCACUUUAGUUCAGUUACAAGGAGUUCUAAGAACAAAAGAAACUUUGGAGGGAAGUCCUGAUAUGACGGUUCAGCAGAUAAAAGAGGCUACUGGACGCUUAGAAUUAGAUGGUUGCCCAAUUGUGGAAUUAGGCUUGGACAUGACUCUCCCCGGUAAUACUGGCAUUGAAUUGAGAAAAGGUGGCAAAGAUGUGUAUGUUACACCUCACAAUUUAGAUGAAUAUUGCAAGCUUGUUGUACAUUGGUUCUUAGUGGAAGGAGUUUCAAGACAAAUAGAAGCUUUAAGAGAAGGAUUUGAAACAGUCUUCCCUCUUUCUCACCUCCGCUUAUUUUAUCCAGAAGAGUUAGAGUUAAUUUUCUGUGGUUCCAACCAGGGCUCAUCUCAAAAUGCUCCAUGGGAUGUCAAAAUGUUAAUGGAGUGCUGCCGUUUGGAUCAUGGAUAUACAGCAGACUCUCGAGCAAUAGGUUUCCUGUUUGAAGUGCUGAGCUCAUACACCCCUCAUGAGCAACGUCAAUUUUUGCAGUUCAUUACAGGAUCCCCUCGCCUUCCAGUAGGAGGUUUCAAAAGCUUAACUCCACCUCUUACUAUUGUGAGGAAGACUUUAGAACCAAAUAUGAAUCCAGAUGACUUCCUGCCAUCUGUGAUGACUUGCGUCAACUACCUCAAGCUACCAGACUAUACAUCUGUGGAAGUGAUGCGUGCUAAACUAAAACUUGCUGCACAGGAAGGGCAACUUUCAUUCCACCUGUCAUAGUCCAAGCUCAAUAUUCUACCAAUCAGUUACCACAGGGCGUACACAUUGUGUAGCCACACUUAUACAUAGUUGUAUAUGCAAUUGUGUAUAUAGCUAUGUAUAUUUAUUAUUACUUGUAAUGAUAAAUAAAUGAGCGAUUUGAAAUGAGCAGUUAAA